CAAAGCCAAGAAGACUGAACCAAACCAACCACCUAAUAUGAAGGUCUUAAGAACGUGUUUGAGAGUCCAGGCUGGCCGCUUCUACAGCAAGGCUGUGGAAGCUGGAUCUCAACCACUCUUUCUCAAUCCCCAUGAAUGGAAAGGACUUCCAGCAGACCAGAUCUUUGAAUUGCAUAACCUUAGAAAGGAAUAUUUAGGUGACAAAUACAACCCCAGCGAUGAAGAGAGAAAUGCCAUUUUGUCCACUAUUACUGCUUUGGCUAAAAAUACGCCUGAAUUGGACUACACUUAUGAAAUUGACAAUUUCCAGGAAAGAUUCAUGAACAACACUCCUAUGAAUAAAAGAGGUUUGCCUCAAAAGAGGAGCAACACCUAUGUGAUAGAAAAGGGUGAAACUCCUCAUCAGAAAAGAAGAAUCGAACAGUUGGCGAGAGUGAGUGCCUACGAAAUGCCAUUGUUGGCUAAGUUCCGUCAAAGUUAUGAGCCCAAACCAGCCUCUGAGACACCUCUUAAAUUAACAUACAACACCGAUUUCAGCAACGAGUCUAACAAGUUCAACAGACAAGUCACUUUAAAUGUCAACAUAAAUGACUUGGGUCUUUCAGACAAGCAGCAGCACAAGUUCAUCUUGUUGGCUGGGAACAAGUACAACUUUGACACGACCACGUUGAGAUUGAAAACAGACCAGUUCUCAGAAGCUGCCCAAAAUGCCCGUUGGUUAGUUGACACCUUCAACAAGUUGUUGGCAGAAGCUAAGGACUUGUCUAAAGAAGACUUUGCUGAUAUCCCAUUGGACAGACGUCACAUGAAGCUUUUGAAGACAAAAUACGAGCCACAGUUCCCAGAAGCGUGGAAAAGACCCCAAGAUGCUCCAGUUGUCAAACACAACGUAGUAAACAGAUUGGUAGAGCUAGUCAAGGAGAAGAAGGAUGACCAAUAUGUUUCCGGCUUGAGUCCAUAGUGUUUAUAAGUUAUACGAUUCCUGUACAUAUACGAAUUAUAAG